AUGCCACAUCAUUUUAACUGUUGUGUGCCCCAGUGUACCAACAACUUUAGAAACAAACCAAAUCUGGAAUAUUACAGGAUUCCCAAGUGCGAAAAGGCUCGAAAAUACUACAAAGUAUCGCUUAGAAACGAAUCGCUAAAGCUGGAUUCUUCCCAAACGAGAAUCUGUUCUGAACACUUCGAAGGUGGCCAAAAACUCAGCAGAAAUCAUCUGCCAACAAUAUUUCCAUGGACAAAAGAGAGAAAAUCAAGGAGAGAAAUCUUUAAGCAUGACUUUGUGCCAAAGAAAAGGAAAGUCGCAUCAGUUGUUGUAUCUACUACUGAUACUGACAGCAGUUACUCUGACAACAUUGUAACCCAAACAACACCGACCUCGACUGAAUCACUGCACGAGGAUCCAUACUAUACGAGAGAAGUUCAACCUGAGGAAAUACUGAAUAAUUUUCGAGAAGAACAACAUCAAUAUCUUUCUAAACACACUCAAACUGACAUAGAUUUGGCAUCAUUGGAAGAGGUAUUGAAUGAGGUAUCUAAACUCAAAGAGGAAAACAAACAAUUGAGAGAUAAAUGUGACCAGUUAACAAAAGAAAACAAACAUUUGAACUUUAUUUCAAGUAAUAGUGAAGUUUUUAAUAUUGAGAAGUACAAAGAUAAUCCUGAUGACAUUGCAUUCUACACUGGACUCUCUGAUUAUGAAAUGUUAAUGAUGUGUUACAACCUAGUGAAAGACUCAGCUAAGAAUAUAAGCUACAAUUAUGAAAGAAUAUACUGUGACUUAGAAAGUACAAAACAACCUGGCAGACCUAGAGCACUAUCAACAUUCCAGGAAUUCAUAAUGACUUUGGUGCGAAUACAACUGGGAUUGUUUGAGAGAGACUUGGGCCAUAGGUUUAAUGUUUCUCACAUGUCUGUUUCAAGGAUAACUAACUCAUGGCUGAGAUUUUUGAGGUCAGAGUUCGAGCCGCUUAUACAGAUACCACCUGAUGAUGUUUUGAAAUUUCAUAUGCCGAAAGUCUUCAAAGAAAUCUGUCCUGACACUGUUGUCAUUGUAGACUGCACUGAGUUCCAGAUGGAAAAGCCAUCGUCACUCGAUGCCCAAUCUGCCUGCUAUUCAUCCUAUAAGAGCACUAACACAAUGAAAGCUUUAUUAGGAAUCACACCAAGUGGAGUUGUCUGUUUUGUUAGUGAACUAUUUCCAGGAAGUACUUCUGAUCUAGAAAUAACAAUGCAAAGUGGCUUUCUUGGCAAACUUAAAAGAGGUGACGAGGUAAUGGCUGAUAAGGGGUUUAAUUGUCAAGAUGAGUUAGCAUCAGUUGGAGUUGUGCUAGUUAAACCUAAUUUUCUAAAAGACAAAAAGCAAUUUUCUACCAAAGAAACAGAACAUAAUAAAACAAUUGCAAGUCUCCGUGUCCACGUGGAAAGGUUAAUGGAACGUAUUAAAAACUGGCAUAUUUUUGAUCGUAAAAUUCCCAUUUCAAUGUCACCUGUUGCCUCUGAUAUAUUAAUUGUGGUGGCUGCUCUAUCAAAUUUUCUUCCUCCCUUAAUAGACUAA